AUGAAGUCAGUAAUGAGAAAGAUCAAAGUCCUUGGACCAGUUCUCAAUUUACGUUGUUCUUACAGUUCCUCCGACCAAACUCUUCUUGUUAAUGAAUUCACCAGAUUUUGUUACCAGAGAAACAUUCCCAGAGCUCUGAAAGCUAUGGAUUCGUUGCAAAGCCAUGGAAUUUGGGCAGAUUGUGAGACUUAUUCUGAGCUUAUCAAGUGUUGCUUGUCUCAAAGAGCUGUUCAUGAAGGGAAUCUAGUUUGUCGUCAUUUAUACUUCAAUGGGCAUCAACCAAUGAUGUUUCUGGUUAAUGUUCUGAUGAACAUGUAUGUGAAAUUCAAUCUUUUGAAUGAUGCUCACCACUUGUUCGACAAAAUGCCUGAGAGGAAUGUUGUUUCUUGGACUACAAUGAUCUCUGCUUAUUCUAAGUGUAAAAUUCACAACAAGGCUUUGGAGCUUUUGGUUUUGAUGCUUAGAGAAGGUGUUAGGCCUAAUGUGUAUACUUACUCAUCUGUGUUAAGAUCCUGCAAUGGGAUGUCUGAUGUUAGAAUGAUUCAUUGUGGGAUUAUUAAGGAAGGAUUAGAGUCCGAUGUUUUUGUUAGGAGUGCUUUGAUUGAUGUGUUUGCUAAACUUGGUGAGCCGGAGGAUGCUCUUUCGGUUUUCGAUGAAAUGGUUACUGGUGAUGGGAUUGUUUGGAACUCGAUUAUUGGUGGCUUUGCUCAGAACAAUAAAAGCGAUGAAGCUUUGAAGCUUUUUAAGAGGAUGAAGAUAGCUGGUUUCACUGCGGAGCAAGCUACGUUGACUAGCGUAUUGAGGGCGUGUACUGGUUUGGCUCUGUUGGAGCUUGGGAUGCAAGUUCAUGUUCAUAUCUUCAAAUAUGACCAAGACUUGAUACUCAACAACGCGCUCGUGGACAUGUAUUGCAAGUCUGGGAGCUUGGAGGAUGCUCGCCGUGUGUUUAGCCAGAUGAAGGAGAGAGAUGUGAUUUCAUGGAGCACAAUGAUUUCAGGGUUGGCACAAAACGGUUAUAGUGAGGAGGCACUGAAGUUAUUUGAGUCAAUGAAAUCUUCUGGGACGAAGCCAAACUACAUUACUAUUGUCGGGGUUCUCUUUGCGUGUAGCCACGCGGGGCUCCUGGAAGAUGGUUGGUACCACUUCAGAUCAAUGAAGAAACUUUAUGGAAUUGAUCCACGAAGGGAACAUUAUGGUUGUAUGAUUGAUCUGUUAGGAAAAGCUGGGAAACUCGACGAUGCAGUCAAGCUGUUACAUGAGAUGGAAUGUGAGCCAGAUGCUGUUACAUGGAGAACUCUGCUUGGUGCUUGUAGGGUUCAAGGAAACAUGGUGCUAGCCGAAUAUGCAGCUAAAAAGGUCAUAGAACUCGAUCCCGAGGAUGCAGGAACUUACACACUGUUGUCUAACAUAUAUGCAAACUCUCAGAAAUGGGACAGUGUUGAAGAAAUCCGGACACGAAUGAGAGACAUAGGAAUCAAGAAAGAACCUGGAUGCAGUUGGAUCGAAGUAGGCAAACAGAUUCAUGCUUUUAUCAUCGGAGACAAAUCUCAUCCACAAAUAGUUGAAGUCAACAAGAAGCUGAAUCAAUUGAUCCACAGAUUGAUAGGUAUUGGUUAUGUUCCUGAAACAAACUUCGUGCUACACGAUCUUGAAGGAGAACAGAUGGAAGAUUCUUUAAGACAUCACAGCGAGAAACUGGCUUUAGCGUUUGGCUUGUUAACAUUACCUAUUGGGAAAGUCAUUAGGAUCAGAAAGAAUCUGAGAAUAUGUGGGGACUGUCAUGUGUUCUUCAAGCUCGCUUCCAAGCUUGAAAACCGCAGUAUAGUUAUAAGAGAUCCAAUCCGUUACCAUCAUUUCCAAGAUGGAAAAUGCUCGUGUGGCGACUAUUGGUAA